AUGGAUGCUCAAAUCAUGUACCAGGGCCAGAUUCGCGACGCACAGCACCAGCGGGAGCUCAAGGCUGAAGAGCUUCACUGCGCUAAAGAUUUGAAGGAGACUCUUGUGCAGAGGCUGUCCUUUUUAGCGUCUGAAAUCGAGGCAAUAUUCGACUAUGAUUUAACAGGAGAUCAGAUUCUUUACGCAGCGUUGUGUACAAUGGCUGCCCAUACCUUGAAUCUUGAGCAGGACGGACCUCCCUGUCCACUCGAAGACAGAGUCAUGAGCAACGAAGCAUGGCUGAGAGCCUACAUUGCUGAGAUCGUCGCCCAAAGAGACAACAUCCAGGAGGAGCUAAUGGGCAUCACAGAACAGCUAGAGCAACAAGAGAAAUGA